GAAAUGGAGAAGUGAAAGACAAAAAAGAGAACUCCAAAUUCCAAAUAAUUAUCCGAGAGGCAAUAACUGAACUGAAACAGCAACACUCCAGAAAAAACUAGUGAAAAUGGAAAAACAUGUAAAUUCAGAAGAACUCGUAAAAUUGCAAAUAAAAUUCGGAGGUCAAACAAUUCCCCUUUCUAUGAAUCUGAAUUCCACCAUUGCUGACCUUAAACUCCUCCUCAAAUCCUCCACCAAUGUUCUUCCUCGUGGUCAAAAACUCAUUCACAAAGAAGAUUCGAAGACAUUGAAAGCUUCGAAUAUUACAAAUGGGUCCAAAAUCAUGCUCAUGGCUUCUCAAGGUCUUCAUCAAGGGGAAGGUCCAAAGAUAAAGAAUGCACCAGUAGUUUCAAAUUAUCAAAAAAUUGUAGAGAAAAUAAAUAAAGAUAAAGUUAAAUUUGGAGCUCCAGUGGCAGUGAAUAAGACGAGGAUUGAACGGUGGAAGAUCAUUGGCGUUAUUGGUUUGUCUGAGUCUCAAUUAAAGGCUAUACCUGAUGAAGUAUGGGAUUGUGGAUCUUCUGCUAGAGUGCUUGAUCUCAGCAAAAACUCUAUAAGUGAAAUAUCGGUGAAAAUUAGCUGCAUGAAAAAUCUUCAGAAAUUGAUCUUGAAUGCAAAUGACAUUUCAGAUGAUUCAAUAAGCUGGCAAGGGCUAAAUGAGUUGAAGGGCUUAACAUACCUUUGUUUGAGUCAAAAUUGCUUGACUAAUUUACCUGCUGCGCUGGGUGCACUCACUUCCCUGGAACAAUUACUUGUUGCAGGCAACAAAUUGGAAAGUCUUCCAAUAGAAUUUGGUCAAUUGACUAAGUUACAGAUUUUGAAAGUGAACAACAACAGGAUAAGCACCUUGCCUUCUUGUAUAGGUGACUGCAGUGCUUUAAUUGAGGUUGAUAUAUCCUCAAAUCUUCUUGUAGAGUUACCCGAGACAUUUGGCAAUCUACAAAAUUUAAAGGCUUUGCAUCUUAGUAACAAUGGACUUAAAUCACUGCCAUCUACUUUAUUCAAAAAAUGCGUUAAACUAUCAACUUUAGAUCUCCACGAAACCGAAAUAACUAUGGAUAUGCUUCGCGAGGUCGAGGGUUGGGAAGAAUUUGAUGAAAGGAGACGCUUGAAGUAUCAGAAGCAACUGGAUUUCCGUGCUGGUGGCUCAGCCGCGUUUGAUGAAGGUGCCGAUAAAAAUUGACUGCCACAUCGAAAAUGUCCAAGGGGGAGCAUUUUUUUUUUUAGUAUUCAGGAUCUUAGGUUCUGAGCUAAGAAUUGACAUAUACAGGAUUGUGUUCUUUAGUGAAUACAUCUGUUAUUCAAUAGUGAAGUCUUUUAACAGUGGUGAAUUAUGUUAACUCAAACUCCCCAUUGUUAUUGUUGUUUCAUCCUUUGAUGGCAUUACUUGUCAAUUAUCUCUCAUUUUGUCCUACAAAAUGCAAACCGUAUGGUAUUAACUAUUUAUCCAUAGUAAAUUCUACACUAUCCGCUCACAUUUGGAAGGAUAUAGAAUUUACUACAUGCCUACAUUGUAGUUUUCUAGUUUAAGCUUUUUGACCACAAUGUGGCAAACUUAAAGGAAUGGAAGAGUAUAUCUAGCCUUUACAGUCUAUUUGACAGUUGGUAUUUAAUGAUAGGAUGAGAAUAAAAUGGAAAUUUAGUGUAAUUAUGGUGAGGGGAAUCUUAGCAAGUUUAAUGGUUAUGUUUGUUUUAUUUCAAUCAUCUUAUUUUCUUCACAAGUUGUUCGGAAGAUGAGGGAACCUCUUUAAUGUUUAUCCUUAAGACAUUUAAGAUGUUGAAUGAAUGGAGGGGUAGCAUACUCAUCCUAAAUUUAAAAACCAAGGUAAUAUCCAAACAUGCGGAAAUUAUAUAGGAAUC